AUGCACCAAACCACACUGUACCAUAUCACACUACACCACAUUGUACCACACCACACCACAACACCACAUCACUCUGUACCACACUAUAUCACGCAACACCACACCACUCUCCACCACACUUAUCUACACCACACUGCCUCACACCACUCCAUGCCCUUCCACAACACACCACACCACAAUGCACCACACCACACAACACUGCUUCACUCUGCACCACACAACACUGUAUCACACCACGCCAUACCACACUGCAUCACAGCACACCACAAUGCACCACACUGCACCACACCACACCACACUGCGUCACACCACACCACAUUCCAUCACACUACACCAUCCCACACCACACCAAAUCACACUUUACCACACCACACUGCACUGCAGCACACUACACUUCACCAACACACCACACCAGACCACACCACACCACACCACACAACACAACACCACACCACACCACACUGUGUCACGCCACAUCACAUCACACUACAGUACACCACGCCUCACCACAUCACACCACACCACACCACACUGCACAACAUCACACAACACCACAAUUCAGCCAGCAGCAGUGUAGAGGAUUACACAGGCCAACAACCACAUCACACUGCACACCACACAUCAGCCAGUCACCCAGCAGCAGUGUACAGGAUAACACAAGCCAACAAGUGCAUCACACACCACACUACACUGCACACCACACACCAGCCAGUCACCCAGCAGCAACACUGUUUGGGAUUACACAGGCCAACAAGCACAUCACACUGCACACCACACACCAGCCAGUCACCCAGCAGCAACACUGUUUGGGAUUACACAGGCCAACAACCACAUCACACUGCACACCACACACCAGCCAGUCACCCAGCAGCAGUGUACAGGAUAACACAAGCCAACAACCAGUCACCCAGCAGCAACACUGUUUGGGAUUACACAGGCCAACAAGCACAUCACACACCACAUCAACAGCCACCAAUAGUGGAUGGGAUUACAGAGUCCAGCAAGCACAGCACACACCACACUGUCGUGGUCCAAGAUACUGAAGAUUCUUAA